GACAUUUCGCCGAAAAAUUGCAAGCGGACAUUUUAUUUCACUUCUAUCAAGUGGGUAUCGACAACAUAAUCGAGUUUAUCUUCUCCUGAGCCCAGUUGAUAAUCAUAACAGUGGAAAAUAGUCGAAUACUAACAAGAGUUGCAGCGGGGAGAAGCUGCUAAUGUUGUUGAGAGGCUGUUUUCAAUCAAUGGUGGUAUCUUCCUCCUCUAUCAAUGCCAGUAUCCGAUGGCGAGGCUCUUUUUGCCCAGUUUACACCUCAGCUCUUCGUUCAGCAUCCGUGCCUUAUCGAAUCCUUUACCCUCCUCGUCCCAAACUUGCAUUCUCCUUCUGUUCUAUUGAUCACUCCCAAUCAGAGUCCUCGAAACAAGGUACUUUAAAACCAGGCUUAUAUCUAGUGGCGACACCAAUUGGGAAUCUUGAAGACAUUACCCUUAGAGCUCUGAGAGUCUUGAAAUCAGCCGAUGUGAUACUUUCAGAAGAUACAAGGCAUUCUGGGAAGUUACUUCAACAUUACUCUAUAAGUACACCACUUCUGAGUUAUCACAAGUUCAAUGAAGCUCAAAGGGAACAACAAGUAUUGAAAAGGUUGAAAGAUGGUGAAAUGGUGGCCUUAAUCAGUGACGCUGGGACACCUGGCAUCAGUGACCCCGGUACAGAGUUGGCCAAGUUGUGUGUAAGUAAGGGCAUACCAGUUAUCCCUAUUCCUGGCCCUUCUGCUUUGGUAGCUGCUCUUUCUGCCUCUGGACUAUCUACAAAUGAAUUUACAUUUGUUGGCUUUCUACCUAAACAUGCUGGUUCCAGAAAGGAGAGACUCUUGAUUUCAGCUAAUGAAGCAGCAACUCAAAUUUUUUUCGUUCCUCCUCACAAGCUUUCUCAAUUUCUUGAGGAAAUUAAUUGUCUUUUUGGUGCCUCUAGGCAAUGUGUUAUGGCUCGAGAGAUGACCAAAGUACACGAAGAGUUUUGGCGAGGCACUGUCAAGGAAGCCCAAGAAGCCUUCUCAACAAACCAGCCCAAGGGAGAAAUUACAUUCAUCAUUGAAGGAAAGACAACUUGUGUGGAUGAAAUUCCGUCAGAAUCUGAGCUGGAAAAUGAUCUGAGAGAAAUGAUCUCAAAAGGGAAUUCUCUUUCAGAGGCGGUAAAAUUGGUGGCUGCAGGAACAUCGGUGAGAAGAAAAACAAUAUAUUCUAUUGCUUUGAGAAAAUUUGGGAAUCAAUUUGAAUCAGAAGAUAACUGAAGAUCAUAGUGAAUGAAGUGCCACAAGAAUAUGUCGCUGCUGGAGGAAGGCUAAGGGUCAUCUUCUCAUGUGCCAUGGAAUACCAAAUGAUGUAAACGUCCAGAGUCAAUGGUAGAGAUACAUUUCUGGCAAUCCUAUGUCCCUGUCGUAAUCCCCAUGCUCUCAGGCAAUGUGAUUGCGAAUGUGAGCCUGGAACUAGUAAGCAAGAUUAUCUUUUUGGGUCAAAAGGAAGUGGGAAAGGAUCGGCAAGUUUUUAUAGACUAGUAUUCGCUAAACUGAGAGUAAUCAUUUUGAUGGGCUGAUUUAUGUACUCUUUAUGUCACCAUUGCAUUAGACCAUCAUAACCAAUUUUCCAGAGCAAGAAACAAAACCCGUUAGAUUGAUUACUUCUUUACUGAUAAUUUCUUGUUUAGCUUUGUA